AAAAAGAAAAAACAAAAACAAAAACAAAACCCCGAUAAACCCUAACCCUUUCUCAGUUCGCGAUCUGCCGGCCUCUCUUCUCCGUCUCCGGUGGUGAUUGCAGAGGUCCAAAGUUGAAGAGUAAUCAACUCCAGCCUUGCAGCGUCCCGAGUCAAGGGGGAAUCUACUCCGACAGUUGUCCCUUCAUCUUCUCCACUUCUCCACUUCUCCAGUGGUAGGGUUUGUUCGACCACCUACGGCUACUUCAAGUCUUCAACGGUGUCAGUCUUUUCCCAUUCCUCGCUGUUCGAAAAAAACAAGCAACACAGAGGAGACACCGUGGAAUAAAGAAUGGCAGCUAAUUUUGCAAGACGAUCCCUUAUAAGCUCCCCUGCAUCUGCAACAAGAAUAUUAAGCGGAUGGAAAUCAUCAGCGUCAUCAUCUUUUGUUUCUGGAGCAAGUAAGCUUGGAGGAUUCACUCCUGCGAGGUCCACUUCUCGUGUUUCUCUACAUUUCUCCAGGCUGCCAAUGGAGUUAGGUUGUGCACAAUCGUUGAUGCCAUUGCACAGUGUUACUGCUUCAGCAUUGCUCACCUCAAUGCUUUCUUUGAACGGUGGAAACUGGGGAUGGCACUCUGAAGGAUUUGCAAUGCCUCUAUAGCAGGGCCAAUAAAUUAGUCAUCGUUAUAUUGAAUGAUUUAUGUUGAGCUUCCAAGAAAAACGAGCCAUGCAGUCGACAACUGUGACUCUCUCAUCUUCUUCUGAUAUUUGAGUUCUGCCUUUACAUAUUACAUUUUUCCUUUUGUUGUUCCAACCAAUUGAGAUGGCUAAAAUAAGAAAAUUCAUUACAUUGUGGUUGGUUGA